AGAUGAAGCUGCAGGCCGUCAUGGAGAACCUGCACCGGCAGCAGAGGGCCAAGCUGCUGAUGGAGCAGCAGCUGCAGCAGCAGGCCGCCAGCCAGCACACGCAGGUCCGCACCAUCGUGGGAGGAGGAGGGGACGAGCCCAUGGGGAGCCCCGCCCCCGCGGCGGAGCAGGCCCAGAUAGCGGCGCUGGCCGCCAUGCGUGCGGCGGCGGCGGGGCUGCAGAGGGUCUCAGACAGCCCCAUGUCAGAGCGCAGCAGCAGGGGCGACGACGAAGGUGAUGAUGAUGAUGACAAUGAGGACGGGGACGACCAUUACAAGGACAUGAUGGGGUCGGACGAGGAGGAGCAGAUCAAACGGAAAUGGGACGAGGAAGACUUUGAAGGCGAGAUGGAGGAAGACUUUGAUGACGAGCUGGCGGAGGAGGGUCUGCCCACGGGGCACGACGCCGUGGCUCCGGGGAAAGGCAUCCUGCUGCUGCCGCACCGCCAGCUCCACCCGCACUCCACGCUGCUGAAGGCCCGGCCCAGCGUGGACCAGGAGCCCCGCGUGGCCAUCCUGCCCCCCCACGCCACGCACAGCCACCUGGGGGGGCAGGACCACGGGGAGUGGACCUACGAGGAGCAGUUCAGACAGCUGUACGAGCUGGACAGAGACCCAAAAAGAAAAGAAUUUCUGGACGACCUCUUCAGCUUCAUGCAAAAAAGAGGAACCCCAGUGAACCGUAUCCCCAUCAUGGCCAAGCAGGUCCUGGACCUGUACAUGCUCUACAGGCUGGUGACGGAGAAGGGCGGCCUGGUGGAGGUCAUCAACAAGAAGCUGUGGAGGGAAAUCACCAAGGGACUCAACCUGCCUACCUCAAUCACCAGCGCAGCCUUCACCCUCCGCACACAAUACAUGAAGUACCUGUACCCAUACGAAUGUGAUAAGAGGGGUCUGAGCAACCCCAACGAGCUCCAGGCGGCCAUCGACAGUAACCGGCGGGAGGGCCGGCGCCAGAGCUUCGGCAGCUCCCUCUUCACCUACUCGCCCAACGGGACGCCCACCAUGCUCUCCUCCCCCAAGCUGCCCUCCGCCGGCGUGGGCCUGGUGGGCACCAACGGAGCCUCGCUGACCCCCAUCCAGAAGAUCAAGAAAGAAGAGGAGGGAGGCCAGCCUCUGGCGGGGCUGGGCGUGGCCCGUCUGCCAGCGGGCGCUCUGGCCGGUCACUCGGUGGCGGCCGUGCAGGCGGCGGCGGCUCAGACCGCCAUGGCGGCUCAGAUGGUGGCUCUGGAGCAGCUGAGGGACAAACUGGAGGCCGGCGAGCCGCCAGAGAAGAAGAUGGCGCUGCCGGCAGAGGAACACCACAGACUGCUGCAGAGAGCGCUGCAACACAACCUGCUGGCCAUGACCGCCCAGAUCCCCAUGAACAUACGCAUCAGUAACCAAGACAGCAGGCAGGACUCGGCCCUGAACCUCACCACCAACGGCACAAGCAGCAUCAGCAUGUCGGUGGAGCUGAACGGAGUGGUGUACGCGGGCGUUCUCUUUGCUCAGGCAGCAGCAUCGUCCGUCUCCAACAAGUCGGUCAGCAGCCACGUGGCUCCACAGCAGCAGCUCAACACACCUACCUCAACCUCCACCUCCAGCAACCCGUUGUCUUAACAAUCCCCCAGCCUUUCCCCUUUUGUUUUUUUAAAUUACCACGCUAAGUAAAGCCAAAAAUCAACCUCAUUUUCUACAUAAUCUAUGCCAAAAAGAGAAGAACGAUAAACUGUACAGAAAGACACAAACUGAAUCUCAGAUCACUUGAAGUACACUAUCUCAGGUUUCCUCUCACCAACUCACCUCUUUUGUUCUUCAUAGCCAAAAUGAUUUCGGAAAAAAAACAAAACAUCUCAUCCGAGAGCCAGUAUAUGCUAAAAAAAAAUAUGUAUGCACAACCUGUGAAUUAUUUAUUUCUGCAUAAAUGUACAGAUUAUCGGAGAACAAAAGAGAAGGUAAUAACCAGGAAGGGUAAUGCACUGUUUACACACACACACACACACACACACAUACACAGCUACUGAUUGACAGCAAUGUUUUAUCCUCUAGGGGAGAGAUUUUUUUUUUUUACCUUUUCAUUGUUUUAUUGUUAUUCUCUUUACUGUGUUUUAUCAUUUAAAUCUUUAACAAUCCUCUCACUGCAGGAGAAAAAAAUAUAUAUUUAGAAUUCUAUAAAAAAAAAAGUAUGAAUAUCCUCUAUUUUUAAUCAGAAAAGCUUUAAAGGUAUAUGUUGUUCUGUCAGGGCAUAGUACAAUGUACCGUUGUGACCUCAUUUUGUGUAAAACCUUAUACACAUGGCAGCCAUUUUGGAUUUCUGUUUGGAAGAGUAGGGCGCAGGUGUGUACAGAGAUACAAACCAUAUCAAGGCUUCAGAUCCUCCAAGAGUAAAACUAAAGAAUCUGCAAGUUUUGGUUCGCUUUCUCAGAAGUUAGAGCCGUUAUUGAUACGCUGCCAGUGGCUCAGAAGUAGCCAGUUAGCUGGAAUGCUACAUUCAAGCAGUUCUUAUGGGUUUUUUUUUCCCAGCUGGCUGACUUUUAUCUUAAAUCCUCACCUGCUUGUUGACAUGAGGCCAGUUAGAUGUGUACCUGUGCCAAUUUUGCAGGUAGUUUGUCAAGCUAAGUGUUCAAAAUGGCUGUUUUGUAAAAAAAUAAGGUCAGUUGUACAGGUCGGAAAUGAACUAAAGCCUUAUCAAGGGUUGUUUUCCCCUCACUGCACCUCAACACGCUGGACUCUCUGAGCCUCGGGGCGUCCACAGACUGUUGCUGUUUGGGGUCAAGAUUGUAUGUGAAUAGUACACGUCUUUGAUUGUUCUCAGGUGUCUGUCUGCUCAAAGGAAAGACCAGUUUUCAUCUUUUUCUUUUUUCUAACUUGGCCUUCUAGUGGAGUGAUUGUCUUAAAGUCAGAUGCAUGCUUGUAUUUGUAGAAAAAGCCCUUCAGCGAUCAGGAGUGAGGCAGGGAAACUCUGAUUUCUUUCUUAAAGUCACAGGAGUCGUCUUUCCACUAAAUCCUUUUCUCAUUGUGGAGACGCUCACAUGGACAAUCAGGUGUCAGGAGACGCUGUCUGAGCUGCAGAAGACAGCUCAUAUCUGACCUUUUUAUUUUGUAUCAUAGAUUACAGAUGCUUUUAUUUUUUGUUUCAGCUUUGUGUUUUGCAUGACUUAGUGCUUCUUCUGAUCCAAGUGCUUCUUAUCCUGCUGUGACGAGGACCGGGUCUCCUUGUGACUGGCUGUCAAGGAUAUAACACAGAAUGUCUUGUGAUCCUCUGACUGUUUUUAGAUGUUGCUUCAUUGGGGCUUUUGACAAUGUGAUCUGGGAGGUAACCAUAGCUGCGGCUUGUGUCUUAGUGUCUCAGUUAGUGGACAUAGCUAGUCAUUCAUGCCUAGCUGUGUUUCUGCAUUUUGAAGUAGAUCAAUCAUUCAGCUUUUUGAACUUUAACCUGUGUUACCUCUCUGGACUGUUAGAGAUUGUUACUCUACCCCCCUAUGCAAAGCAGCCUCAUUCCUACUGACGCUAGGAAGUAAAUCAGGCUUUGUAUGUGGGUUCUGUUCUGAGGCCUUAAAACAGCAUGAGAUGACCGGAGAGCCAGCAGUACCUCCGUCUAAUCACUUUUUACUGUUCCAGUCAAAUAUCACCAGAUGGCUGUCGCCGCUUUGAUUCUGGACUCUCCUCUCAGUGGGAAACCACCUCCAGCUGCUACACAAACACUGGUCACUUCUGAAAAGUAAUCUUUACACUCGGACAGCCAACAACUCUCGUUCAAAGACACAAAGACUCAAUCAUUAAGUGCUCUUCUUAAAGUUUGGUGAAAUAGUGAGCUGUUUUAUUACUUCCUUAAAAAGAAAAGUGAAGCUUUAGUGGAAACAUACACAGAGAAUGUUAGUUCACUUUCAUCAGCUGAAGGCACGCUGUGAAAGGGUCAAACUUCUAAGACCCAAAAAAACAAACAGCUCACCAUUGUAGCAACCUGUCAAUCAUACGGUAGCCCCGCCCUAAAGCAUGUCGUCUAUUUUACUAUAAAUUAGACUGCAAUUUAAUCCAUUGAUGCCUGACAAGCGGAUACGUCGUUUUGUAGUAUUUGUAUAAGCUCUCAAAUACUUUUUGAAUUUCAUUUCUAUCUGCUACAGAGGCUGAAAAAUCUAUUAUUUAGUAGAAGAGUUGACACUUCUGUUGAAUUUACAGAAAAACUUCAGGUUUUAGGGGCUGAUUUUAAAAUCGCCCAGAGGUUUUACAGGCGUUUUAGGCCUCAAUGGGUUAAAAGAAACACCCUGAUUUAUUGAAGAAGACUUGAAACUAGCUACUGAGACCAUACAAUUAUUUGGAAAAUGUCCACUGACUUAAUAAAUCAAGUGAGAAGUCUCAUAGACUUCUAUACAAUAACUUCUUUUUGCAACUAUUGUAGUCGCCCCCUGCUGGUCAUUAAAAAGAAUGCCGGUUUUUAAAAAAGACAUUGACUUUAAGACAAGGUAACCAGAAAUGCAAAAAAGCAUACUCAUUUAGGAGUUUUAGGUCUUUCCUGCAGCUCUCUGUGGUUUUCUGUAUGCUCGGCUCAUUUGUAACUACGACAAAAAGAUCCGGGGUGGAAAUAAGAAAUCAUUCUUUUCUAUUCCUCUGUGUAAGCAGCUGUAAAUGUAGUUUUGUGACAGGUGAAAGCCCAGCAUGUCUCUCUGUCUGCAUGAGGAGCAGAUGUCACAGUUGCUGGUAUAAUGGCUGACAAUCACACAGAGACAUGCUGGGGCUGAGACGUUUGGAGGGGGAGGGCUGCUGGAGGAAGCUGCAUUCAAUCAAUACUGAUCUUAAGGAUCAACAUUGCUUUUUUAGAUUUGACUCUGUGACCUUUUGGGCCCUGAGGCAACAUCCAAGCACCUGCCUCCUCCUGAGGAUCCAUGUUUACCAUAUCUAUAUAUCUAUCUAUCGACUGGCUCUGGGAGAUAUUUGCAUUUGAACAGUGGAGGUUCUGCAGCUCUCUGUCCUCCAGGUUGUGUCUCCGUCUUCAGGAAAGGUUUCUAAUUGCGUGGUAGAGACAAUCAGGUGAUGUUGUGACAACACUGUAUACCUCCAAACACUCUGACAUCCCUUCAACCACAACCAAGCUCCGUUCUACCUCAAGGAUAAUAAUAAAGCUUUGGCAGAUUUCUUUGCUUCAGCCACAACAGACUGUUGAAGGUUGUGUUCAUGCAGGGAAACCUCUUCAAAAUGUUGGUGAUGCUGGUUCAUAAAGACUUUGAAGAGAUCGUAAUGACCACAGACAAUCAGAUAUCAGAGAUGUCAGAAGAGCUGAGGGUUCAGUGAGCUUCUGUGCUAGGAGCGCCCCUCAGUGGCAGGUUCUUGCUAUGACACACAAUCAGUUCAGGUUUCCUUAAUGGGGAAAAAGUUUAACUCAGACUGCAAAAGACUCGGACCAUUUACUGCAAACAUACAUAUUUUCAGUGUUCAUAUAUUUGUUUCCUUCCAGUGUUUCUAGAGUUGUUGGUUUUUUUUGCUUGUUGAGCCUCUUUAGUUCAGAACGGGACAUGAAAAGGCUCCUGUUGAAACCAGACUCAAACUCUGUUACAUGCAUUAACUUCAUGCAAAAUCCUCUCUUGCUUGUAAGCCUGUCGUGAUAACGAGUUAUGUUGGAUGAGAUAGUUUCCCCAUGAUUGAUGAUGACAUGCAGAGAUAAAUUCCAACCAGUAGACUCCAGUGUUGCCAACUUUCUGGCUGGAUUUACC